AUGGAUAUUUUAAGUCUCUAUCAUAAAAUUAAUUAAACGGACCCACACUACAAGAUUUUUAGUAAAAUAUUCUAUUUCGAAAAUUAGAAGGCUGAAAGAUUUAUACAACAAAUUUCACAAAACAAAUAGGUUUAGAUAACAACAUAAGAAUAAAGACUGUAAAGGAAAGUCAUUAAAUUGAAAAAACAUAAACUAUCAUAGAAGAAGACACAAAGAGACAUACUAGUAAAUGAUCAUUUAUUAUUAUAAAGUUUAAUAUAAUGAGAUUAUUCAAGUAAAAUAUCGAACUAAAAUUUUAAAGCUUCUAAAAAAAAGAUUAAAGAGAAUAAAUAAUCAUAUAAUCCUUAAAUUUAUCACAAUAUGCAUUAAUGGCCACAAAGAUGAUAAUUAAAAACCCAGAGCUAAAACAAUUAAAAUAAAUCUUAAAUUUUGAGCCUCAUCUAAGUCUAGAAAUAUAGAGAAAUUUAAGUUAUGGUAUUAUUUAAAAUUUCAAGCUCGAUUAAAAACAAAGAAAAUGGUUUAUGAAAAGUAUUCUUAGUGUUAAUGAUAGGUCAAAAUAUCUAAAUUUUUGAUCAAGAUGUUUUUAUGAAAAGAAUAAUAUAAAAGACUAUUUAGUUAAGUGUAAAAAAAUAUCGAACAAAAUAGUAGAUGAACUCAAAAAACUUAAUAUAAUAUAAAUCGCCACUGUAUAUAGAAUAGUUUCCGAAAAUUCUUCACAUAAGCAAGAUUAUUAUUCUGAAUAUCCUUAGAGUGUAUAAUGAAAGUUGA